AUGUCAAGCACAGUCUCGAUUGAUAACCACUUGCAGAAGCUUUGGGAGCUAGAAGCCGUCGCUGUCUUACCUGAGAGUCUACAUCCGCAUCACCAAAUCUGUGAGGCGCUCUAUACUAACAUUACAGUUCAGGACUCCCACGGUCGCAUUAUAGUCAACUUUCCCUUUAAGGAUUAUCCCUCUCGCCUUGGAAACUCCGCUGAAGUGGCUCGUCGACGAUUCUACGCAAUGGAACGCCGCAUGCUGAAAUUUCCUGAGUUGAGAUCCCAAUAUGUCUCAUUCAUGCAAGAAUAUCAGGCGCUAGGUCACAUGUCAAUGGUGACCAAUCCAGCCCUUCACGAGUCGCAUUAUUAUAUACACCACCACUGCGUCUUGAAGCCCUCGAGCACGUCAAUCAAAUUGCGAGUGGUUUUCGACGCCUCGUGCACAACAACUUCGCAACUGUCACUUAAUGACCUACUGCUCGUGGGUCCCACUGUGCAAACGGAUCUUUAUCUGCAGCUUCUCAAAUUCAGACUGUUUCAAUAUGCCUUGACAGCUGACGUGACAAAGAUGUACAGGCAAGUCCUCGUCGAUCCAAGUUUUCGAAAAUAUCAAUACAUCUCUUGGAGAGACUCCCCAGACUCAGAAUUGCAGACGUUCUAG